UCCGAAACCGCGGACAGGUAUUAAAGAUGGCUUCAAUAUGGGGACAUAAAAAUAACCGUGCAGGGCAGUCUCAUCAAGGCCCCGAGCAUGAAGAAGACCAGAAUGCGGGUGAUCCAACACCUCAAGCAACCGAGCGCACAAGGUUGUUACCACCAGAGAACGGCCAGGGCUAUCUGAGCCCUGACGAUCCAGCUGUAUCACCUUAUAAUAUUUGGAGCGUCCGUGCUUUACGUGCCGUAUCCCUGCUAGCCUUAGCCAUCAGCUUCGUAUGGUGGACAUUUCUGUUGGUGUCCAUCUUCGUUAGUCCGCCACUGAUGCACGCUCGGGGCUCGGGUUUUUUUGCAUUCUCGUAUAUUACUCUCACAACGGGAUACUUGGUGCUCGGCUUGCUUUUCUUUGCAGUGCCUUCCAAGCCAAUGACCAUAUGGGGAAGCAUUUUGACCGUCCUACUUCUGGUGAAUAUGAUUGUGAUUCUAGUCGUGCCACGGAUUCGACUUGAAGAAGGCUGGGUGGGUAUCGCAUCCGUGGCCUGGGCGUCGUUCAUCUCUCUGUAUCAAGUCAUUCAAAACCGAGCUGUGGCCUGGGGCAAACGGGAAGAAGAAGAGAGACUUACCGGCCGUGAAGAGACCCGGCGUUCGCUUCGAGAGUGGCUGGCUGUUCUGGUCGAGAUGGUUGUCCUGGCUAUCUUGACCAUCGCCGCAGUCUUGUUCACUGCUACGCUGACUCUCCGUUCACGUGAUGCCUCGCUUGAGCCUGCUGGUCAGCGUUACUCUGUCCAUGGUGACACGUACCAAGUUCAUCUGGCAUGUGUGGGAAAUCGCACCACGGAAAGUGCGGAUGAACCAACUAUCUUGCUUGAGGGUGACUAUGGACCAGUUGAACACGGAUUGCAACCGUUCAUUGACGAUGCAUACCGUCAUGGGGUUAUAAGUCGAUAUUGCUAUUGGGACCGACCAGGGCUAGGCUGGUCAGACAAUGCUCCUUCGCCGCAUUCGGCAGGAAUGGCUGUAGAUGCCUUCUCUGAGGCCUUGGCUUUGGCAGAUGAAUCUGGCCCAUGGGUUGUCGUCUCUGCUGGGGUCGGCAGUCUAUAUUCUCGGCUUUUUGCAAGUCGCCAUCUUCUCGAAGUGAACGGCAUUUUCCUAAUCGAUCCCCUGCAUGAAGACUACUUAGAUGACCUUGGAAAGUCAAGUCGGGGCUUCUUCUUGUGGCUUCGCGGCGUUGUGUCUCCACUGGGGCUUGAUCGCCUGGCGGGCGCUCUGGUGCGUGGCCGCACCCGCGAGGAUCGGGUAAUCGGGCGGUCUGCCUACCAAUCUGACAAGUUCAUCAAAGCCAAGCUACAAGAAAGUCUUGUCGCCGUCUCGAUGACAGCAGCCGAGGUACAGUCUGCUCGCCAUAUCCAAAUGGGGGCCACUCCAGUGGUUGUGGUGAGCUCAGGGCUAGAGGUUCGCGGUGAUCCAAAGUGGGCAGAGCGCCAAGAGGAUCUUUCUCAUAUUACGAAGAAGCUUCUAUCUUGGGAUGUUGUUCAUAAUGCUCCGCAUGAGGUAUGGGCGGAUGCGGAAGGGCGGAACGUUCUGGAACAGAGACUGCGGGAUAUUGUGAAGGAAAGCAAGACAUCCCAGGCCGAGUGA